CGGUGCUGUCCUCGGUAUCUUCAGUGUCUCCGCAGACCAACCAGCGACAUGUCCUCGGAUCCGUCCUCCUUUUCGUGCUCGUCCCGGUGCAUCACCAGACACCUGAACGUCACCUUCCACGUGGACUUCGACAGCCACGUGAUCAGAGCUCAGGUGUCUCUCACCGUGGAGGCGCUGCAGGACCGACUGUCCGUACUGACUCUCGACACCAGAGACCUGAAGAUCGUGUCUGUGUCGGCCAAUGGACAAGCAGCUGUCUUCAGUCUGGGCCCCAAACACAGCUUCAAGGGGGCGCCGCUGGACAUCACUCUGCCCUUUGACCUCUCAAGAGGGCAGCAUGUGAUCGUGGAAGUGACCUAUGAGACGUCUCCGUCUGCGAUGGCGCUGCAGUGGCUCGCACCCGAGCAGACCGCUGGGAAGAAACACCCGUACCUGUUCAGUCAGUGUCAGGCUCAUCACUGCAGGAGUAUAGUCCCAUGUCAGGACAGUCCGUCGGUCAAACACACCUACUACGCUCAGGUGUCUGUGCCUAAGGACCUGGUUGCUGUGAUGAGUGCAUUGAGAGACGGACAGGAAGUCGAUCCUCAAGACAACAAUCGUAUCAUCUACAAGUUCAGACAGCCGGUGGCCAUGCCGUCCUACCUGAUAGCGAUCGUGGUUGGAGAUCUAGAGAGCAGAGUGAUUGGUCCAAGGUCUAGAGUGUGGUCAGAGAAAGAGUUUGUUGAUAAGGCAGCGUCUGAGUUUUCUGAGACAGAGACCAUGUUGACUACUGCGGAGGACCUGGCAGGACCAUAUGUUUGGGGUCAGUAUGACAUCCUGGUUCUUCCGCCAUCUUUCCCGUACGGAGGAAUGGAGAACCCAUGUCUGACCUUUGCCACUCCGACACUGCUGGCUGGAGAUAAAUCUCUGUCCAAUGUGAUCGCUCAUGAGAUCUCACACAGCUGGACCGGGAACCUGGUGACCAACAAGACCUGGGAGCACUUCUGGUUGAACGAGGGUCACACGGUGUACCUGGAGAGGAUGAUUGGCAGGCGUAUGCAGGGGGAACAGUUCCGACAGUUUAAGGCGAUGGGCGGCUGGAAGGACCUGCAGGAAUCUGUGAACACGUUUGGGGUCAACAACCCUCUCACUAACCUGGUUCCCAGUCUCCAGGACGUCGACCCUGACGAUGCCUUCUCCUCUGUUCCGUAUGAGAAAGGCUUCGCUCUGCUGUAUCACCUGGAGGAGCUGAUGGGAGGUCCAGAGGUGUUCAUGGGCUUUGUGAAGUCGUACAUUCAGCUGUUCGCCUACAGCAGUGUGACGACAGACGAGUGGAAGAACUACCUGUUCAGAUACUUUAAAGAAAAGGUUGACGUCCUGAACAAGGUGGACUGGAACGCCUGGAUGUUCACUCCAGGGAUGCCUCCUGUCAAACCUCAGUACGACACCACACUGGCUGACUCCUGCAUUGAUCUGAGUCAGAGGUGGAUCAAGGCCAUAGAUCUGAACAGCUUCACAGAGAACGACCUGAAGACAAUGUCAUCACAUCAGCUGAUUGAGUUCCUUUCUCUCCUGCUUCAGGAGGAUCCUCUUCCUCUGACUCACCUGAAGAAGAUGCAGGAGGUUUACGAUCUGAACGUCGUUUUGAACGCAGAGAUUCGCUUCAGGUGGCUGAGGCUGUGUGUUCGUUCUAAGUGGGAGGAGGCGGUUCCCUUGGCGCUGAAGAUGGCGACAGAACAGGGAAGAAUGAAGUUCACGAGACCGUUGUUCAGAGAAGUUUUUAACUUUGAAAAGUUCAGCAAUGAAGCCGUCCGAGUGUUCCUUUCUCAUCGAGCGGAGAUGCACUCGGUCACCUCUGGACUCGUCGCCAAAGACCUGAAUGUUGACAGCCUGAAAUCCACCAGUCUGUAAAAAACAACCAGGAAGCAGCAGCAUUACUCAAUAACCAAUCAGAGAUCUUCUUCUCACAAAUCACGGUUUUUCUCUGAUAUAAUCGAUGAUUUGUUUUUCUGAUUUUCUAAAUAAAAUCUGUCUGUUGUGA